UUGCUUUUCUUCAGAAUUGAUUCGUGUUGUUUGCCUAUUUUCGGCGGUGAACUAAAUUUAUUUAUUCCCUUUAAUUCUUUAAAAUCUUGAAUAGAAAUGGCUGAUGUGCUAGAUAUUGAUAACGCCGAGGAGUUUGAGGUGGAUGAGGAUGGUGAUCAGGGCAUUGUUCGCCUAAAGGAGAAAGUCAAGCACCGCAAAGGUCGCGGAUUUGGUAGCGAAAGCAAUUCCCGCGAGCCAAUACAGAGCUAUGAACGCGUCCGCCAUGAAGACGACGACGAAUUGGAGCCGGGUCCACAACGUUCCGUUGAGGGUUGGAUUUUAUUUGUUACCUCAAUACAUGAGGAAGCGCAAGAGGAUGAUAUCCAAGAGAAAUUUUGCGAGUUUGGCGACAUUAAGAACAUACACUUGAAUUUGGAUCGUCGCACUGGUUUCUCAAAGGGUUAUGCGCUAGUAGAAUACGAAACUCACAAACAAGCACUCGCUGCAAAAGAAGCACUCCAUGGCACGGAAAUUAUGGGGCAAGUAAUACAGGUGGACUGGUGUUUCGUAAAAGGACCGAAACGGAUGAAGAAAUCUGAAAAGCGCAGGAGAUAAAUACUGCAGAAAAAAAAACAAAAUGCGUGCAAGUAUGCUUGACGAAAUGUGCGGGGAAGUCUCAAUGAAAUGUAAAUAACAUUUAAAUUGACAUUUGCAUACAGAGAGUUGAAUUUGUACUAAUUUAAUUGAAUUACGCUGUAGUAGGCAUUUAAUAACAAGUGAAUUAAAUUUUUUAUAAACGCAAAAAUCAGCAAAUUCGCUUACAAUUAACUAUCUAGUUUAUUCAAACUAUAUAUGUAAUAUACACGAAAUAAAAGGAAAAGAUGAACGAUCAA